UCAAUUUCUUAACCAAACCAAGAGCAAUGGCGCCCCCAAAUGUAUGUUUCUCCUUCCCACCAUUUGAUUACAAUGGAGCCUAUGAUGAUGAUGAUGAUGAUGCCAUUGAAGACGUAGAGAGGGAAGAUCAAAGAGUGGUCAAAGGGAAGCAAAUUGAGACUAAUUCUCCAUUGUUGGAUUUCCAAGUCUUCAGUCCCUUCUUCCCUGAUUUUGGAAUCUGUCACCAAAACCCACCAAACCAGACAUCAUCCGAGGUUGUUUCCAAGGUCCAUCCCCAGACAUUCCAUGAGAAUCGCAAGCCACAGAACUCCCUAGACCUCCUCACCAACUACUGGACCAGCAUGGUCAAGAAGACGAAGCCCUGGAAGCCGCCUGAGAAGGCCCGCGAUGAGUUCAAAGCCCCGCACGGGAAGUUAUCGACCCUGGAGAUCAUCCAGGUCGCGGGUACUAGGUAUGUACAGUUCCCAGACCAGAGCGAGAACCACUUCUCCAUCCUCAUGCACCCUUUCGGGUCGGCUUUCUCUGGGCUAUGCGAAGAGGACACAAAGGAGAUCGAGCUCGUGCAGUUCCUGCUGGCCGCCACAGAGAAGGUCGGGGACCAGCAGUUCGAUCGGGCCAGCCGGCUGCUCUCGUACUGCGAGCUCUUGGCAUCGAAGGGGGCCAGCCCGGCCCAGCGGGUUGUGCUGUACUUUGCAGAGGCCCUGAGGGAUAGGAUUGAUAUGGAAACGGGGAGAGUGGAUUUGAAAGGUGGAGGCACAGAAUGGUCAAAGAGGGAUGAGAGCCAUGACGUCAAGCAAGGUCUGGGCAGGAGCUUAGCUUCACUGACUUGCCACAAGCAGACCCCUUUCACCCAGGUGACGCAGUUCGUGGCCAUACAGUCGAUAAUGGAGCACACCUCGACAGCGAGGAGGAUUCACAUAAUCGACCUCGAGAUACUGAGCGGGAUCCAGUGGAUCGUCCUGAUGGAGGCGCUAGCCGAGAGAGCCAGGAAUAAUAACGAUAACAGGGACGAGACGGUCGAGCUCCUGAGGAUAACCGCAGUCGUGUCAAACUUGGAGUUCCAGAACCAGGUCGAGGAGACGGGGUCGAGGCUGGCCAAAGUGGCGGAUUCAAUGAACCUCCCGUUCUCUUUUAAACUCGUCCUAGCCCCCGGCAUGGAAGGCGUCCUGGGGGACACAUUCGGGACCGAGCAUGGGGAAACGGUGGUGGUGUACGCCUCGCUGGUCCUGAGGACGAUGAUAGCGAGGCCUAACAGGCUAGAGGGCCUGAUGAGGGCAGUUAAGGGCACGCACCCGGCGCUGAUGCUCGUCACGGAGGUGGAGGCAAACCACAACUCGCCGUCCUUCAUGACGAGGUUCAUCGAGGCGCUAUUCUUCUGCAGCGCGUACAUCGACUGCCUCGACGAGUGCAUGGGGGAGGGACGAGACAGGCAUUACAGGAGGGCGAUAGAGGGGAUGCUCAGGGAAGGGAUAAGGAACAUGGCAGGGAAGGAAGGGGAGGAGAGGGUGGCGAGGAGUGUUAAGGUUGAGGUGUGGAGGGCUUUCUUUAGGAGGUUCGGGAUGGCGGAGGUUGGCUUAAGCGAGAGCUCACUCUAUCAGGCAAGCCUUGUGGCCAAGUCCAAGCAGCAGUUUGAGAGGUCUUGCAGCCUCGAGGCCAGUGGGAAGGCGCUGCUUGUUGGGUGGAAGGGCACCCCCAUCCUCUCCCUCUCCGCCUGGAAGUUCAGCCAGUGAAAGUACUUCCCUGGCACCGGCCGGCGUAAGAUUGUGUAGCAUGUGACGAGAAGUGCAUUCGACCGAUACGCAAGGCAUUUCUCGGUCGAUUGACAUCGCAGGACAUUGAUGAAAGAAGGGAAAAGGUAGAGGAUGGACUUUAGAAUCAGAUGUAGCCCGAAUUUAUUCAGCGGUCCCAAACCGAGGAACGGCGGCUCGAUUCAUUUGGUUCGUUAGAAGUACGACACAGAAGAGGGACCGCGGGGCAGGAGAGGCUCUACGGAGGAGAUUUGUUUGGAAGAUAAGGCUAUAUAUGAUCUUUGUGUCUAAUACAUACAUUAGUAUUGUAAUUUGCUACCCCGGGGAUAUAUUGAUAGUAUCUUGGACAUCAACUGUAUAAUAUACACAUUCAUAUAUGCAUACAUAAGUAUGCAUUAACAAGGGUUGUUCUUCAAGAAUGUAUUGCGCGGCGCAAAUGAAAUGUCGUGCAAAAUCAAUAAAAGAAAAUGCCUGUACGUUUGCUU